AUGUGGUGUAAACCAGUUUUAUUGAAUAAAGAAAAUGGCACUUGGAACAAAAACUUGAAGAUCUAUAAUCUUGCUUUGAAUAAAGUUAUUGUUGAGUGGCCAAACAAACAUCAAAAUGGUUGGAAACCACAGUUUACUCAAGAUGAAAAAAUUUUUGCAAUUGGACAUAAUUCCAAAGAAAUUCAUUUCUUUGAUAUCAAUGAAUCAUUGGAAGAAAUAAAUGUUCAUCAUCCAAACCAUGUUUUCAAGUCGGGCGAUAGUAAACAGACUUUUCAAAAUUUUCAAAUUUCACCUGGAUUAAAUCCUUCGGUGGCUAUUUUUAUACCAGAAAAAAGCGGAAAGCCUGCAAGCGUAUUGAUUUAUAAUGUACCAAACUUCAAUCAACCAAUUUGCUCUAAAAAUUUUUUCAAGGCCGAAAGAUGUCAGCUAAAGUGGAAUUCCUUGGGUACAGCAUUAUUAGCAUUAGCAUCAACAGAUCACGAUACUACAAAUCAAUCUUACUACGGGGAAACAAACUUGUAUUUAUUAGGUAUUGCAGGAUCUUAUGAUUCAAGGAUUGAUUUAAGAAAAGAAGGGCCAAUUCACGAUAUCACUUGGUCUCCUUCUGCAAGAGAAUUUGCUGUCAUAUACGGAUACAUGCCGGCAGAAACAACGUUUUUCGAUUCUAGAGGUAAUGCCAUACAUACAUUACCUACUGCUCCAAGAAACACAAUCUUGUAUUCACCUCACGCUAGAUUUAUUCUUGUGGCAGGAUUUGGUAAUCUCCAAGGUACUGUAGAUGUCUACGACCGUCAAAAAAAGUUCACUAAGAUAACAACAUUUGAAGCCUCAAAUACUUCAGUUUGCGAGUGGUCGCCUUGUGGUCGAUUUAUUUUGACUGCCACGACGUCACCACGGCUUCGGGUAGAUAAUGGAUGCAAAAUCUGGCAUGCAAGUGGAAAAUUGAUUUAUUACAAGGAGUAUCCAGAAUUAUAUUCGAUCGGUUGGAAACCUCAAGGUAUUGAUCAAUUUCCUCCAUUAAAGCAAUUGGAAGAAGCACCUGAGGCUCAAGCUUCCGCAAAGGAAUAUGAAGCUAGGAAACAGGGAUUGCAAUCAUCAGCAGCAAAGAAACCCGCAGGCGCUUAUAGGCCUCCCCAUGCUAGAGGUACUGCUGGCUCUUCUACUAGAACAUCUUUAUAUCAAAAGGAAAUGCAAACUAACUUGAUUGGUGGUAAUGGCUCAGCCAAUGGCAUAAAUCCAUCAUCUGGAAGAGCCAGAGUAGUCCCAGGAGCUGCACCAGCUCCAACGAAGGAAAGCAAGGCUGCAGCUAAAAACAGAAAGAAAAGAGAAGCUAAAAAGCUGCAUCAAUCAGAUGAUACUUCUCCACAGUCGUCGCACGAAGAAUCGAAUCAAACUGAACAAGCUUCACCAUCUCUGUCAAAUGUGUCCCUCUCGGGAUCAAAAGAUAGUACUACGGGUGGGACUGUUGUAGGUGGAGUCGCAUCUAUCGAAGAGAAGAAGAUCAGAUCAUUAUUGAAAAAGCUUAGAGCAAUAGAGACCCUCAAAAUGAAACAAGCAAAUGGAGAGCCUUUAGAGGAUACUCAGGUCAGCAAAAUUAACAAGGAGGGCGAUAUCAGAAAAGAAUUAAGUCAACUCGGUUGGUCUGACUAA